AUGUCGACAGACCUUUUUUGCUGGAAUGUACGCGGAUUAAACAAGUAUAGUCACCGCAGCGGAUUAAAUAAAUGGGUGAGAAAGAACUCCCCUCUUUUUGGUGGUAUCCUUGAGACGCACGUCAAGGAACCGAAGAAGAAUAAAUUUGUCUCUCAGUUAUUCCCCGGUUGGUCGGUGGAGGACAACUAUGGUUACUCGCCCUUAGGCAAAAUCUGGGUGGUCUGGCACCCCUCUCUUUUGGUAACUAUUAUCUCCAAGUCUCUUCAAAUGAUAACAGCUGAAGUUACUUGGCCGUCUACUCAACAGUCUAAAGCGUUUAUUUCUGUAAUCUACGCCUCCAACAACCCUGCUCUACGCUCCUUGCUGUGGACUGAGAUCAACUCCAUACAAUCUUCUUGUGCUUUGGAUGGUAAACCCUGGUUGUUGAUUGGUGAUCUCAAUCAAAUCAGAGACCCCUCGGAGCACUCUCUUUCACCCACUCUGAAUAUGGACAAGAAAAUAAGAGAACUAAAUCAAUGUCUCCUUGAAGCAAAUCUGGAGGAUCUGAACUACAGGGGGCCAACUUUCACUUGGUGGAACAAGAGAAAGUCUGCUCCGCUAGCAAAAAAAUUGGACAGAUGCUUAGUUAAUGACGAAUGGUAUAACUGCUUUCCAUCAUCAGUAGCUUUCUUUGGAAGCCCAGACUUUUCGGAUCAUGCAGUGAUCUCCAUAUGCCUCGAGCCUGACAGGAUAAGAACCAGGAAGCCUUUCCAAAUUUAUAACUUUCUUUUAAAGAAUCCUGAUUUUCUUGUUGAGGUUUACACCAGUUGGUUCUCUUUUAAUGUCACAGGUUCAGCCAUGUUUCGAGUUUCCAGGAAGCUGAAGCUGCUCAAAAACAUUAUAAGAGAGUUUAGUCAUCAAAACUAUUCUGGCAUUGAGAAGAAGACUGCUCAAGCGCAUGACAAGCUGCUCCAAGCACAAGCGGCGAUGCUGUCUUCUCCUUCUCCUACAAACGCUGUCUCUGAAGUUAAUGCUCUAGAGGAUUGGGAAGAAUUAUCGGGGGCUGAAGCUUCCUUCUUCUUUCAAAGAUCAAGAAUAAAUUGGCUCUCUUUUGGAGAUGGAAACUCCACACUGUUCCAUCGUUAUGCUGCUUCAAGACAGGCCUUAAAUCAUAUUCACUUUCUUAUCUCUGAGUCCGGGGAAAGAGUGGAAUCUCAGGCGGGCAUUCAAAAGAUCUGCGUGGACUAUUUUUCUGAGUUACUGGGAAGUCCUACCUCGCAACAAAUGUUUGUGCAAAGCGACCUGGAUACGCUAUUUGAUUUCACUUGCUCGACUGAACAGGUUGCUAGCUUUCAAAAAGGCUUCUCUGCGGAUGAUGUAAAAGAAGCGUUCUUCUCAUUGCCAAAGAAUAAAACGGGAGGACCGGAUGGUUAUUCAGCGGAAUUCUUCACCUCCACGUGGCCGAUCAUUGGACCUGAAAUCACUGAUGCUGUAUUAGAGUUCUUUAAAUCAGGCAAGCUGCUAAAGCAAUGGAAUGCGGCAAAUCUGGUGCUCAUACCGAAGAAGACGAAUGCUUCCCUGCCUACUGAUUUCAGACCGAUUUCCUGCCUCAACUCUGUCUAUAAAGUUAUAUCUAGGCUCCUCGCCUCUAGACUGAAGGAAAUUCUCCCGCUGAUGGUCUCCAAGUCUCAAUCAGCUUUCCUACCGGGUCGCCUCUUAGCAGAAAAUGUGCUUCUAGCUACUGAUCUUGUAAAUGGUUACAACUCGCAAACCCUUUCUCCGCGGGGCAUGCUGAAAGUAGACUUGAGAAAAGCGUUUGAUUGCGUCAGGUGGGACUUCAUCCUAUCUUCCCUGCGUGCUCUUGGCAUACCUGAUAGCUUCGUUGGUUUGAUCUCGGAGUGCCUGUCUACAGCAUCCUUCUCAGUGUCAGUAAAUGGUGUCUCAGGAGGGUUCUUUAAGAGCACAAAAGGGAUUAGACAGGGUGACCCUUUGUCCCCUUAUCUCUUCGUGCUAGCCAUGGAAUGUCUCUCUAGGUUGCUCAGGUCCAGAUACGAUGCAUGCAUCAUUGGUUAUCAUCCAGGAACCGAGGAGCUCAAGAUAUCCCAUCUCAUGUUUGCGGAUGAUGUAAUGAUUUUCUUCGACGGCACUGGCAACAGCCUUCACGGAAUUUCAGAGUGCCUAGACGAUUUCGCCUCCUGGUCCGGCCUACAUAUGAACGCCACUAAGACUGAAUUGUUUACUUCCGGAAUCGACCAAGCAGAAACCACUGCUAUCACCAGCUAUGGUUUCGCUCCUGGUAAAUUCCCGAUCAGAUACCUGGGUCUUCCCCUUAUGAGUAGGAAGCUAAAAGUAUCUGAGUAUGCUCCUUUGAUGGCCAAGCUCAACGUCAAGUUCCAGUCGUGGUCAGUCAGACUCCUCUCGUUCGCAGGACGCUUGCAAUUACUAAAAACGGUUAUCUUCGGAACCGUCAACUUCUGGAUGUCUGCGUUCAUCUUGCCCAAAACCUGUAUCAAGACCAUCGAGUCUCUGUGCUCUAGAUUCUUGUGGUCAGGAAGCACAGAUAAGAAAAGCAUUGCAAAGGUAGCUUGGACUACGGUUUGUCUCCCAAAAGAAGAAGGUGGUCUCGGCCUCAGGAAUUUCAUCAUUUGGAAUCAAGUACUCUGCCUUAAAUUUAUUUGGAUUCUCCUGUCCAAGACUCAUUCUCUCUGGGCUGAUUGGCACUGGAGUACUCAUCUCAACGCUCAAUCCUUCUGGACCAUCUCUGUUUCAGACUCUGACUCUUGGACUUGGAAGAAGAUACUUGCUCUUCGUCCGCUCGCGCUUCAGUUUAUCAGAACCAGAUUGGGAAAUGGGUUAGAUACUAGCUUCUGGCAUGACGUAUGGACUCCGUUUGGGCAGCUGAUCACUCACAUAGGUCCUGCGGGUCCUCGUGCUUUAAGAGUAAGAAAUGAAGACUCGGUGGCGGAUGCAAUUAGAGGAGCCUCAUGGUCACUUCCUCAUCCUAGAUCGCAGAGGGAAGUAGAGCUUCAUGUCUAUCUUACCACCAUAUCUCUUCCAUUAGAGACUGACAUUAGAGAUCAUUAUGAAUGGAUGACUGGUGAUGUUUCUUCUUGUUUUUUCAGGUCCUCUGCAACCUGGGAAAUUCUAAGGCCUAGGGAAGAUCCUAAAGAUUGGUUCGAUGUGGUUUGGUUCAAAGGAGCAAUCCCCAAGCUGAGCUUUACAAUGUGGAUAGCAAACUAUGAUAGACUACCUACUAGGGCUAGGCUUGCGGCUUGGGGAAUGCCCAUCUCGCCUUUAUGCCCGUUCUGCUCCCGGCAUGACGAGACUAGGGACCAUCUACUACUCUCCUGCGACUUCAGUGUUGACGUUUGGAGAGAGCUUCUACUGCGUUGUCACCCUCCUACAACAGCGAUUACCAAUUGGUCUGAGCUGCUGUCUUGGAUCAGAAGCUCUUCAUCUCCCAAGCUCACUCUCUUGAGGAAGCUAACUACUCAAUCUGUCAUUUACCAUCUAUGGAAGCAGAGAAAUAACCUUGUGCACAAUCAAAUCUCUAUCCCCGCUUCUACUGUUUUUCGAGACAUAGAUAGAGAGUUUAGCAAAAAAAAAAAACAAGAAGAAGAAGCCUCCUCUCGUGAGACGGCUUCUCUCUCCAUCGACGAGGAAGAAUCGUUCUCCAGGAACUACGGCGACGUCACCCUCAACGAGCUGAAGUCCACGGAGGAUCCCAAAGCCGGGAAGUGGAGAGAGGCCGUCGAGGGGAAGGAGUGGACCGAAGUGAGCAAGCUCGUUGAAGCGAUGGCGGGAAAGGAGGUGCUGAUCAGGGGGAGAGUGCACACGACCAGGUUACGGUUUCUGAUCGUGAGGCAGAGAGGAUCCAUGGUCCAGUGCGUGGUUACCGAGUCGAAGGAGAAUGGUGUGAGUGUGGGCAUGCUUAAGUACGUUAAGCAGCUGAGUGGGGAGUCCUUUGUUGAUGUGAUCGGUUACGUUGUUAUCCCUAAGGAUCCUGUGACUGGAACUACGCAGCAGGUUGAAAUUCAAGUGAGGAAAGUGUACUGCGUCAACAGUGCCUUGCAAAAGUUACCACUGAUUGUUGAGGACGCUGCUCGUAGUGAAGCAGAUAUUCAGGCUGGGAAGCCUGGUGCCAAUCAGGACACCCGUUUGAACUAUAGAGUGAUUGAUCUCAGAACACCGGCUAAUCAAGGAAUCUUCAGCAUUCAGGGCUGGGUCCAAAUCGGAUGGAGAGAAUACUUACUACGUAAAGGUUUUCUUGAAAUCCACACACCGAAACUGUUGGGUGGUAGUAGCGAAGGUGGUUCUGCUGUAUUUAGGUUGGACUACAAAGGCCAGCCUGCUUGUCUGGCUCAGUCUCCUCAGCUUCACAAGCAGAUGGCGAUAUGUGCUGACUUUGAACGCGUCUUUGAGGUUGGUGCUGUUUACAGAGCUGAAGACUCCUUCACCCAUAGACACCUGUGUGAAUUUAUUGGUCUUGAUGUCGAGAUGGCGAUUCACAAACACUACUCUGAGAUAAUGGAUAUUGUGGGUGAGUUGUUUCCGUUUAUAUUCAAUAAAUUAAACGAGAAUUGCCAAAAGGAACUUGAAGCUAUUAGGAAGCAAUACCCAUUUGAGCCGUUGAAGUUUCUUCCCAAAACAUUGAAAUUAACCUUUGCAGAAGGGAUUCAAAUGCUUAAGGAAGCUGGCGUCGAGGCUGAUCCUCUUGGAGAUCUAAAUACAGAAACAGAGAGAAAACUUGGCCUUCUCGUUCUGGAGAAGUACAAUACGGAAUUCUACAUUCUGCAUCGCUAUCCUUCGGCGGUUAGGCCAUUCUACACUAUGCCAUGUGCGGACGACCCUAACUACAGCAACUCAUUCGAUGUCUUCAUAAGAGGUGAGGAGAUCAUAUCAGGAGCUCAACGUGUCCAUGACCCAGAACUCCUGACGGAACAGGCAAAACGAUUUGGGAUUGAUGUCGAGACAAUAAAAACGUACAUCGAUUCGUUCAGGUACGGUGCACCACCUCACGGUGGAUUCGGAGUGGGACUGGAGCGAGUGGUAAUGCUCUUUUGUGGCCUCAACAACAUCCGCAAGACAUCGCUAUUCCCUCGCGACCCUCUAAGGCUCGCUCCUUAAAAAUAUGAUUUUCAUCUCAAAAGCUAAAGCUUGGAGACUCGGCAGAUUUUUCUCUCAUGAAUAUGUUUUGAGAGUUCUAAUGGAUCUCAUAGUCUCUGACUGAUUCUUGCCCUUUUAAGUGCAAAGUUAAACUUGAUUUAGUUGUGUGAUACUUGCGCUUCAUUCGCAUUACCGAGUAAAACUUUAUUAAAAAUUUGA